GCAGCCCUCCUCUGUGUCUCACGGUUUUCUGUCUUCAGCGACACGUUUUCUUCCUUUUAGUUUGUGUCUUAAACCAUAUACGAUCAGGGAGACAGCAGCAGGUCUCCACAUUGCUUCUUCAGCCAUGGUCAAGAAAGACUGUCCUGCUGGCAAAACGUGGGAUAGGCUCGUGGACACGUGUGUCAGUGACAAGACGGAAACCAGACCUGAACCUGGACUAACAACAGAGCCUGCCCUGGCUGUGGUGGUGCAGCUGAGAGCCACGGCCCCCGCUGCCCGGGCCCCCCCACUGGUGCUGCUGGGUCCGGCCCUGUGGAUCGUGGUGGUUCUGGCCACACUGGGCUCCAUCCUGGCAGUCACUCUCUGGUUUAUCAUUUACAGACGCCAGACCAGGCACAGCGGCACCUCAGAGGAAGCAGCACCUCAACAGCCUCUUCAGAAAACAGAGCCCCUCGCCGAGAUCCACCCUCCGCCUCCAGAGAUGUUUCAGAGAGCAGCAUGGACCCCUUCUCCCUGUCCUCACCAGCACCCGGGGGCCCGAACAGGCUGCAGGUCGGAACAAGAGGGCUUCACUUUCUGCAGUGGCCCCUCAGAGCACGCCUGGCCAGAGGGGCCCAACAUGCUGAGGGAGCACAGGGUCCCACUUCCUGCCACAGAGCUGGGUGGCACAGCGCUAGUUACAACCAAAACUAUGUAGGGUGUGUGUGUGUGUGUGUGUGUGUGUGUGUGUGUGUGUGUGUGUGUGUGUGUGUGUGUGUGUGUGUGUGUGUGUGUGUGUGUGUGUGUGUGUGGAAUGGCGUCAUGCAAUAUAUAACAGUCAGACCAAUGCAAAUUACUUAAUUGUAUUUUAAGUAGCCCGUGUGUGUGUGUGUGUGUGUG